GGAUGUCGGGAUUUUAGUAGCUUAUAUCAGUCAGUAAAAAUCAUUGACUAUAGAUCUGUAAAGUGCUCCCCAGAUGUCAAAUAAUUCACAACAUGCUAAAUUAUUUACAGUAGCCAAUCAGAUGCCCGAGUUUCAGUAGCUUUUAACAAGAUUUUAGUAGCUUAAAACAGUGAGUGAAAAUCAUUGAUUAUAGAUCUGUAACGUGCUCCCCAGAUAUAUCAAAUAAUUCACAACAUGAUAAAUAAUUCACAGUAGCCAAUCAAAUUUAAGAGUUUCAGUAGCUUUUAAUAGCCUUGAGUGUAAAUCCUGACCACAGGUAUUAAUGCUGUUUGUCAUGAAAUGCUCCUCAAAUGUCAAAUAUAUAUAUGUCACACCAUACCAAAUUAAUUGAGCCAAUCAGAUGCCAGAGCUUCAGUAGCUUUAAACAGUUGUCAGUGAAAAUCACUCACUAUUUGAUUCGUGAAAUCCCCUGGGUGGUAUCCAGAUGUCAAUUAUUCACAGUAGCCAAUCAGAUUUUAGAGUUUCAGUAGCUUUUAACCGUUGUAGUAUUUGUUGCAUGAAUCCAGAUGUCAAUUAUUCACAGUAGCCAAUCAGAUUUUAGAGUUUCAGUAGCUUUUAACAGUUGUAGUAUUUGUUGCAUGAAUCCAGAUGUCAAUUAUUCACAGUAGCCAAUCAGAUUUUAGAGUUUCAGUAGCUUUUAACAGUUGUAGUAUUUGUUUCAUGAAUCCAGGGGGGCGUUUCAUCAAUAUUUUUGUCCGACAAGUUGUCAGAUCUGACAACUUUCCUGGAUUCUGAUUGGUUGAGAAGCACUGUUACUAUAGUAACUGUCGGAUUAAACAGGACUUGUCGGAUAAAACGUCCGACAGGUCCUUUCAUGAAACGCUCCCCAGAUGUCAAUUAUUCACAGUAGCCAAUCAGAUUUAAGAGCUUCAGUAGCUUUUAACUGUUGUGAGUGACAAUCACUGAAUUUGUUUCAUGAAUCCAGAUGUCAAAUUAUUCACACUACAUUGGAUUCUCAUGCCAUGUCUUUUGGGGUACCGUAUCACAUGAUAUUACAUGUAGGGAUAUGAUUUAUUAUACAGAUCAAUAGGCAGAGGAAAGUUUCUCUUACUAUAUAUACAUUUCAUUCCUUUGUAAAGCCAUUUGAUUUUCUCAUUCAACAUUAAGUUGAGAUUAUUAAAGGAACUUAAUUUUACUCAAAGUUGCACUGUAGGACUGGUGUACAUGUACAUGUACUUCUAGCACCUGAAACUACAUCAUUUAAACACUUUGAGGCAAGGUCUGUUCAGAAUGCAAAAUAAUUAAUACCAGUUAACAUGGUCAUAGCGCAUCACUGCCAAAUGCUUCCCUAUGCGCUCAAUGGGAUAUUACAUGUAGUACUAUCACCCUGGCUUUAGCCUCGCUGCCCUUUACAGCACGGUGGCAUUUCAAUCUCACCUGAGUUGAGUGCAGCACAAUGUGGAUAAAUUUCUAGCUGGAGGAAAUUACACCAUGGCCUGAAUUCAAACCCACAACCCUCUGUUUCAAAAUCAGAAGACUAAUCCACUGGGCCACAAUGCUCCAAAUAUAUGGUAAGAGUCCUCAGAAAUACCCCCCCCCCCCAAAAGGUAACUUUUUAAAAUAAUGACCUUAACUUUCACUUCCCAUCAACAAACAUGUCAUUCACAUGCCAAGGAUAAUGAGGGGCAAACCUGCCACGUUGCAAAUAAAAAUUCAGUUUGUUCUUGUACCAGUACAUAGCAUUUAAUAUACCACUUUCUUGUACCAGUACAUAGCAUUUAAUAUUCCACUUUCUUGUACCAUUCAAUAUACCUCUCUCUUGUACCAGUACAUAAUUUGCAGUAAUUAAUACCAUGAGGGUACCAGUUAUUAUUUGAUAGUUGUUUAUGAAGACCAUGUCUUAAAAUAUGCAAGAUGUGAUUGACCCUAUCACUUUCAACUAUGGAAAGCCAGUGUAAUUCUUUGCGUAAUGUUAUCCCCUUGUGUUACAAGAAGGAUGGAGCUGUAUCAAACCAAACAAUGAUUUUGCUUAAGUUUUAUUUUAUCAUUUUAUGAGCUACAUGUAUAUCAAGACAGUGAUGGCUUAACUUUAUCGUGCCCUUUGUAAGACAGGUCCCAGUUAUUUCAUUCCAACAGGGAGCUUUCUAACUUGGCUGAUUAGAAUGAAGCCUUGGACUGCACAAUUAUGAUAAUAAUAAUAAUGUCAUAUUUUACCCAUGGUAGGCACUUCAGUUCUGAAAACUGUUCUCCCAGCAGACACUGCUGUUUACCCCGGCUUUAGCAUGGCUACCUUGAUCGGGUAAUGGAGUAUUUGAUCAAUUUCUUCCUACCCAUUCACCUUACCUGGGUUGAAUCAUUCUUGUUGAGAUCUUUCAUAUGACCAAAUGCUAAUCAAAGUUAGUUCCUGGGAGUGGGAAUACAUGUCAAAAUAAACAACUCAUGUGACAUUUAUCGAUUGAUCUUUGUAUGUUGACUUGUUGUACAUGCCAAUUUUCACCCUUUCCCCCAUGAAGUUUAACAACUUUUGUUUGCUUAAUUCAUGUUGGUUCUUUCUUCUCAUUCUCUGAACAGUCUAAAUCAUGGACGUGACGGCUCUACGCAACAAGCUCUCUCAACUCGGCCAAGAUCAUCUCCUAGAAUUCUGGGAUGACCCCGACCUGACUGAUGACCUCCGGAGGUCACUCUAUACUGAUAUCACUGGCACCAACGUCGAGGAGGUUUUGAAGUUCUUUGAGACGUCGACAGCAAACAUGAAUAACAGUGAGAAGGUGGAUGAGAGGAUGGAGCCGAUCCCGUCAGAACUCUUCGGCUCCGUAACAAGGUCUGGAAAGAACCUGGAUAGAUGGUACAAGGAUGGUUUAAAACAGAUUUCCCAAGGCAAGGUCGGUGUUCUCCUUUUAGCCGGGGGUCAAGGUACGCGCCUAGGGGUCAAGUAUCCCAAGGGAAUGUUCAAUGUGGGCCUGCCUUCAGAGAAGACCCUCUAUCAGCUACAGGCUGAACGGAUCCUAAAAGCGCAGGAACUUGCCCUGGAGUUAACAGGAGAGAAGGGGGUUAUACCAUGGUACAUCAUGACGAGUGAGCACACGAAGGGGCCAACAAGGGAGUUCUUCAAGCAGCACGACCACUUUGGUAUCGGGGAAGACGAUCUGGUUCUCUUUGAGCAGGAGAUGCUUCCGUGUGUCUCCUUUGAGGGAAAGAUCAUCCUCGAUCAGAAACACAAGAUAUCCAGAGCACCAGACGGGAAUGGAGGUCUUUACCGUGCCUUGGGUAACUGUAAGAUCCUGGAUGACAUGGAGAGACGAGGUGUCACCUACGUUCAUGUCUACUGCGUUGAUAACAUCCUUGUCAAAAUGGCCGAUCCUACCUUCAUCGGAUUCUGUAUUGACAAAGGGGCCAACUGUGGAGCCAAGGUCGUUGAGAAGGCCUACCCAACCGAACCUGUCGGGGUUGUUUGUAGGGUCGAUGGGCAGUACCAGGUCGUCGAGUACAGUGAGAUCACGCUACCAACGGCUGAGAAGAGAAGUGAAGAUGGUCGACUGACGUUCAGCGCCGGUAACAUCUGCAAUCAUUUCUUCACCAUCGAAUUCCUCAAGUCUGUAGUCAAUGAGAAUGAAUCAAGACUACGACAUCAUGUGGCCAAGAAGAAGAUUCCAUUCAUCGAUGGGGAAGGCAAGCGCAUCACACCGGAGAAGCCAAACGGGAUUAAGAUGGAGAAGUUUGUUUUUGAUGUCUUCAGAUUUUCAAAUAAUUUUGCAGUUUUUGAGGUCUUGAGGGAGGACGAGUUCUCUCCACUGAAGAACAGCACAAAGUCAGAAAAGGACAACCCAACCACGGCUAGACACGCCCUCCUAUCCUUACACCAUAGAUGGGUGUUAAACGCCGGCGGUAACUUCAUCGACUCUGACGGGACACCCAUCCCGGCUAUUCCAAGGUAUUCCCGUGUUAUAGAGGACCAUAUGAAUGCUAAGUGUUUUAACACUCCAAUUCGACGCACCAAGCACACACAUAGAAUAGUACCUUAUGAAACACACCCCAUCCCCACUCAUAGGGAGAGCAGUCGACGAGCCCACGAUCCUGACUGCUACCCAGUGACGUGUGAGGUGUCGCCUUUAUUAUCUUACGCAGGAGAGGGACUUGAUAAGAUUUGCAAUGGGAAGAAGUUCUGUCCUCCAAUCCUCCUCAACCAGGCAAAUGUAAUAGCAGAGAAGCAAGAUACGAUCAACACCCAAUAGACUGGUGAACAAACACAAUUCAGGUUCAAUUUUAAAGUAUUGCUAUCAUCAGCUUUCAUGAGAGAUUUGGUAACAUUCGCAACUCUUGGGUAUGCAAAUAGAAAUCCUCUUCCAUGAAAUCUGCUGGUAAAAUAAUGUCUUAACUUCAAUCAGGGUACUUAUUUAAUCCAUUCUCUACUCAUUUCCUCAAUUCCAAGCGCAAGAACCAAGAAUUUGUUGAAAAUGACAUGCUAAAUCGUUCAAAAUAUUGUCAAAUAAAAUGGACCAAUUUUAAAAUGCUUUUGUGAGUUAUAUUUCAACAUUCAUAUCACCAUUUCCAUUUUGUUUUAUUAUAUCCUGAAAUAAUGUCAAGAAAUUUUAAAAUUGGUUAAUCUUUCCCAUGCUGAAUGCUACAAUUUGCAAUUUAGUAAUUGACUAAAAAAAAAAAGGAUAAGUCUGUAACUUUUUUUUUUGGGGGGGGGGUGGCUUCUGUUGAACUUAUAUGUACAUGUCAGAUAUUAUAUUUAUGAAAAAAUAUGUAUUCUUAAAAUGCUGGAGUUAUGUAAUAUUGUAAAUAAUAUUAUUGAAGAAAAUAAAUGUAUUGUGUAAGUCUUACUAAUACUAUAACAUUGUAUCAAUAGGAGUUUAUAGUUUCAAUGAAACUCUCUUCCACCUGUAUGUAUGAACAGUCAUUUUUGUGUGUAUUUUUGUUUUAAUGAUGCUGCUAUAAACAUGUAUGUUUUGGGAUAAUGUUAACAGUCUUGCUGAAGAAACUUGUAAGCCGAAAGCUAGAUUGAGUAUAUGAAUAUACAGUUGAGACCAAAAGUUUAUAUACACCCAUGGAAUUCGGUGAAAUUUGUUUGCUUGCCAAACAUUGUAAAAUUUACUCUUCAGAAAUAUGAAUACUACCAUGACGAAUUUGGUAUCAAUUGAAGGAGCGUAUUAAAGUUCUUUCAGAUGAUUUAAAUGCCGUUGGGAUUAACAUACAUGUAUAUUUCAGGUGGAAUUAUUUUUGAAAAAAAAGUAAUACUUGUGCCAAAUGUAUUCUAUUGUUUAUUAUAUUUUCAAACAUCAUUUCAUAUAGAUAUAUAAAUAUCAAAUCUAUGAUUUAUAUUACAUUUUCUAUCAUGAUAUGUCACCACUGAACAUUAAAGUGUAAUAAUGAAAUGUUUGUGUUGAGAAGUAACUAGCACAAAUAUAUGUUUUUGUCAAGUUUUUAUUUUUGAUUUGUCUAAAAUAUGAAGAUUUUUUGGGGAAAAAUGACACCUAAAUAUUCUCAGCUCCUGAUGACAAAGCAAUGUGAUGAAGGGGCAUGACAUACUCAUGUGUUUGAUAUCAACUCUGUCAUGAUAGCACAAACAUUAUAUAAGAUACAGUAAAUUUUAUGAUGUUUGGCAAGUGUCAACUUUUCUGGCCUCAACUGUACAUGUUUAAAGAAUGACCCAAGUUCAUAUCUUGGCUAAAAUUAAUAUUUUUGCUGAUGCAUGAACCUAUUUUGAGUGUAAUAAUUCAAAUACUGGGCCAUGUCUUCCAAAGAGUUAUGAUUGAUCCAAUCAACUACAACUAUGGACGGCCAGCAACAUCAACAUCUAAAAUGCAAAUCUGUUCAAAAUAUUUUCUAUUAUGUAUAUUCAUACAUUCAUCGUUCUCUUGAAGAUUCAGUGUGAUUCUUUCUGUUUACCAAGGAGAUUGUGCACAUUUCCUGUAUAAAAAAAAUUAUGGCAUGGAUGGAUUUCCAUGAAGUUGGAUUGAUUGGAUCAACUGUAACUCUUUGUAAGACGGGGCCCUGAUAUUCCCGCUUUAAGUUUCCCCAAAUCAAAUGAAAAACUAACCAAAUUCAAAUUUUACUAAUAAGAGUUGUAAAUUUUUCUUUACUAUUUUCUUCUCUACUAGAAAUGAUUUCUCUUGGAGUAUAGUAAUUCAUGCACUCAUUUCUCUUGCUUAGAAAAGAAACAGAUAUGUCAUUAAAUCUAUUUGAGAAGAUUUAACGGGACAUGGUGGCUCAGUGGUAGAGCGUCCUCAUGAACGGGAGGUCGUGGGUUCGAUCCUCGGCCGAGUCAUACCGAAGACUUAUUGGACCUUCUGCCUUCUUGCUAGGCACUCAGCAUUUAGAUUGGAGAAGGGUAAUAAUAACAUAUUAUGUUAUGCAGGGCCCGCUGGUAAAGCAGUUUCCUAACUGAAGUGGCUACCCUGGGUAAAUAAAACAUUAUUAUCAUUAUUAUUAUAACUCUCCAAGUAUUCCAAAUUUAAUACUUAUUCAUUUGUGGGAUGGUUUGGUGCUCUUUAGCAAGAGAGAAAACAAUUAUUUGAGUCUUGUAUUCAUGUAACCCAUUGAUACCAGAAUCAAUGGCUUCUUCUUAAAAUGUUAGUAUCUUGAAAGACUUUGAAAAAUACUAUUUAUUCAUUUUAAUUUAUUAAUUUUAAUACACCAUUCUUAAUGUUGUUUGAAUUGUAUCCCCAAGAUAUGCUCACAUAGCUGGAUUUACAAGACUACAUUUUCUGUGAUAUUUUGUCUUAUUUUAUUUAGUUUUAAUUUUAUUUAAAAAAAAAAUCUUUGAAUGUAUACCUUGUAGACAAUUCUAAACACUUGGUGCAACUAUCAUAUAAUUAUAUUUGUAAUGUUUUUUUUCAAUUUUGAUUAUUCAACUUAAGUUAUGAUACAGUCUUUUUCUUGAAGAGUAUAUAUUUAUCAAAAUUGUACCAAUUACUUGUAAUUUUAAUAAUUCCUUUUUAAUUGUAUCUGUGGGCCCCGUCUUACAAAGAGUUAUGAUUGAUCCAAUCGAUCUCAACUGUAUUGAAAUUCACCCAUACCAUAAUUUUUUUUUCUACAGGAAAUUUACACAAUUUCCUUGGUAAUUUCCUUGUUGAUUUUUGUGAUGUUGAUAUUUUCUAUUAGUUUGAGUUACAUUGUGCCUUAAUUUCCUAUUUUUUGUGGGACGUAACUAUGAAUAUUAAUGCCUUAAUUGUUAUAAGUUUGACAUUCCUUUUCAAUGAAAACUUCAUUUCAACAAUUCCUACAGGCCAAAGAAUAGUCGACGCAUUAAUUUAAUGAUUUGUGAUAAUUUCUUGAUAAAGGCCCUUUAUUGUAAACAAAAUUGUGAAUAUAUUUACAACUCUAUGCUUUAACAAGAUACAUGUAUAUGCCUCCUGUGGAAGCAUAUUGAUUCAUUAUGUUUGAGUUAUAUUUUGUUAGUUUCUUUGAUUGGGAGAAAUUUUUAGAUUAUAUUACUAGUACCUCUUUUGGAUCACUAUUUUUUGUCUGAAUUUGUUUCUAUUGUUCAGCAAAUGCAAUGUCAGACAUAGUGAGCCUAGUAUAUUGCUGGACAUUUCAAAUGAAGCACAUGAUGAUAAACCUCAUACCAUUCCAUUUUUUUUUUUUUUGGGGGGGGGUAAAAUUUUGUGGUUAUAUUGUCUAAACAGACACAAAUGUGGGGAAAUCACAGUUUUACUGGCUGUAGUCAUGAUAAUUGUAUCCUGAAGUUUGUUGGUUCUACAAUCAUUUGUAAUUUUAUAUUAUAAUUAUUUUUUUAAUGUGAUGAUUCUGGGUCUGGGAUGUGUGUUAAAAUCACUGUGAUACUUACUAAUAGACCAGUUCGUAGUUACCUCAUGGACAAUUUUGGUCAAAUGACCUUUCAUUUCUUUCAUUAAUACCACGGUCACAUUUGAUCUACGGCGGCCGUACGGCGAGUCGAAAACAGCAGUUUUAUUCAUUUUUAUUCAAACCACCUAUGUAUAGCUGGUACGAAAAAAUGUUAAAACGGCUGUUUCCGACUCGCCGUACGGCCGCCGUAGAGUGAAUGUGACCAAGGUAUCAGAUAGGCAGAUUUCAAAGCAAUAUAUUACGUAAGCUUGCCUUACAUAGCAGGAUGAAGAAAUUGAAUAGACCAGGUGACUAGAAUAGCACACCAAUGAACACUUUAUGAAGGUAUUUGUUGCAUUCCUACUUUGAAUGCAUACCAUAGCAUGUUGCACAAUGUACUUGGCAAACUGUGAAAUACCAGUCGUUCGUGGACGCAUUGUUGUUUUUUUUUAAUGUAAUUGAAAACCUCUAUUCAAAAGAAUAUAUGAAUAAUCAAGACGUCAAAGUUGGUGCUUAUCUCAUUAGAUUUUAAACCACCAUGUCACUUUAGUACAAAUGACCUUCCUCUGAUCAUGCGUAGAAUCUUUUGAUCAUGCGCAGAAAGGAACUACGAACUGGCUUAUUGGAACUCAUUAUUAUGUGCAUGCCUUUAAAUUUUUAUUUGUGGAGGCUUUUUUUUACAAUUGAAAUUAAAUAAAAGUCUUUCAAAUGGUAUAUUACAAA